AUGAAACUCUCCGGCUCUGUGCUCGGACCCCUGCCCUCGGCUGUUGAAAACGUGUACUCCUCCGCCUCUUACUGUCAAAACAUUCCCUCGUGUCUGCAGAAACUGCCAGCUGGAGUGAGCCAGUUUGCAUACACCUGUGUCCAGGACCAUUCCAUUUGGACCAAUCAGCAGUUCUGGGAGGCCACGUUCUACAGCGAGGUCCAGAACCAGAUCCGAACCCUGUACCUCACCGCCCCUGAAGACAAACUAGGCAUCAGUGCCAGGCUAAAGGAACAAGGUCCCCUGCCCCCGGCGGCCCCCGGCGCCUCGGAGCGCACGGCCAUGGACCUGGCGGCGGAGCAGCUGCGCGCCUGGCCCUGCCUCAGCAAGGAGAAGCAGCAGGAGCUGGUGAAGAACGAGGAGAGCACGGUGUUCAGCCAGGCCAUCCACUACGCCAGCCUCCUGGUCUACCUGCUGGUCCCCCUGGACACCAGCAAGAACAAGCUGCUCAGAGCCAACCCCGUCGCUGACUGGGAGAGCGGCAGCAACAGCAUCGUCACCAACAGGCAAGCAGAGCAGCUGGUUGCGCCUCACUGCACCCCACUGAUAUUCAGUCAGUUCAAUCUGACACCUAGCCAUUCGCCACAGCUAUAUCAACAUCUGACCCCAGGCAUCGUGGCCAUGCAGAUGGAAACUCUGGAGGCGGUCCACAGGGAGAGCAGGAGGCUGCCGCCCAUUCAGAAGCCUAAGAUCCUGCGCCCAGUGCUGCUCCCUGGUGAAGAGUUUGUGUCGGAGGGUCUUAGAGUGGUCCUGGACCCUGAUGGCAGAGAGGAGGCUACGGGGGGGAUACUCGGGGGACCGCACAUCCUGCCAGCAGAGGGAGCCCUCUUCCUCACCUCCUACCGCAUCAUCUUCAAGGGCUCCCCACACGACCCACUAGUGGGGGAACAGGCAGUGAUCAGGAGCUUCCCAGUGUCCACCUUGACCAAGGAGAAGAAGAUCAGCAUCCAGAACCAACUGCAGCAGAACAUGCAGGAGGGACUGCAGCUCCGCUCGGCAUCCUUCCAGUUGAUCAAGGUGGCGUUUGACGAGGAGGUGAGCUCAGAGAUGGUGGAGAUCUUCAGGAAACACAUCCAGAGGAUCCGCUACCCUCAGUCCAUCUUCAGCACAUUCGCCUUCGCAGCAGGCCAGACCGCUCCCCAACUCAUCCUUCCCAAACAGAAGGAGAGGAACACGGGUUUCAGGACGCUGUCCAAGACCAUUGUGAAAGGAGCUAAGAGAGCUGGGAUGAUCACCAUGGGCCGUCAGAGUCAGACCACGCUGAAGAAGAACGACAGAGGGAGUCGGAUGACCUGGCACGAGGAUGAUGACCUCUCAGUGUCAGAUGAGGGUGAGCCACCCCCCAUCAGCACGUUGAGGGCGUCAGAGAAGUCCACCAUGGAGCAGCUGGUGGAGCGGGCGUGUUUCCGUGACUACCAGCGGCUGGGCCUGGGCACCAUCACAGCCAGCUCCUCCCGCUCUAAGACAGGAGAGCAGUUCAGAGUCACUGCAGUCAACAGACUCUACUCCCUCUGUCGCAGUUAYCCAGGGCUCCUGGUGGUUCCCCAGUCGGUGCAGGACAGCAGCCUGCAGAAAGUGGCCCGUUGUUACAGACACAACCGCCUGCCAGUGGUGUGUUGGAAACACCCCCGCACCAAAGCUGUGCUGCUGCGAUCUGGAGGCUUCCACGGCAAGAGUGUGGUGGGACUCUUUAAGUCCCAGAACCAGUCUUCAACAGCCCCUGCCAACUCUUCAGAGUUGUCCAGUAGUCUGGAGCAGGAGAAGUAUCUACAGGCCAUCCUCAACUCCAUCCCCGUCUACUUCAAACUGAACGGCAGUAACACUCUGUCCAACCGCUCUCUCAUCGGCCUCUCACCAGGCAGUGAAAGGAGGACAUCUAGAAUACCAAAGAUGGCUCCCGUCCAUUUGGACAUGCCCUUCUCCAACAGCUUUGCCAGAGGAGGUGUCUGGGCCGGCCUGCGUUCCAGCAGCCGCUUCAGCCAGCACCCGUCUGCAGCCGAUAUUGGUGCCAGGCUGGCAGGGAAGGAUUUGGCGCCCCCUGCAGGCAGCGAGAGCCUGCAUGCCCAGCUCCUCAAACAGCAGGCUGCCCUCUACAUUUUUGGAGAGAAGUCCCACCUCAGGGGCUUCAAACUGGACUCUACUCUGAACUGUGAACUGGUGCCUGUGGACUUUGCUGACACGCGCCAGAUCAAAGGUGCCUUUAAGAAGCUGCUGAGGGCCUGUGCUCCGAGCGCUACGUCUUCAGACACACAGGACUCCUUCUUCAAAGCCCUGGAGGACUCUGAGUGGAUCCUUCAACUUCACAAGCUCCUGCAGUUGGCCCUGAUUUUGGUGGAGCUGCUGGACAGUGGCUCGUCCGUCCUGCUGAGUCUGGAGGAUGGCUGGGACAUCACCACACAGGUGGUGUCCCUGGUCCAGCUGCUGAGUGACCCGUUCUACCGGACUCUGGAGGGCUUCCAGGUGUUGCUGGAGAAGGAGUGGCUGUCCUUCGGCCACAAGUUCAGCCAGCGCUCCAACCUGACCCCCAGCAGCCAAGGCAGUGGUUUCACGCCCAUCUUUCUGCAGUUCCUGGACUGCGUGCACCAGAUCCAGGACCAGUGCCCUUUGGAGUUUGAGUUUAAUCAGCACUAUCUGAAGUUCCUGGCAUACCACUACAUCUCCAACCGCUUCAAGAACUUCCUCCUGGACUCCGACUACGAACGCCUGGAGCAUGGCACAUUGUUCGAGGACAAGCCGGGAGACAAGCAGGCCAGGAGGGGGGUCUGUAUCUGGGAGUGUAUCAGCAGAAUGCACCGGAGGAGUCCACUGUUCUUCAACUACCUGUACAGUCCCACAGAGGCUGAGCUGGUGCUCAAGCCCUCUAUCAGCAUCCCUGCUUUGAGGAUGUGGGACUUCUUCACGGGGGAGACCCUGUGCACAGGCCCGUCCUAUGACUGGAGGAUGCAGGCUGUCAGGUCGGAGAGCAUGGAGGAGACAGACACCAUCGCCACCAGCAAGAGGAGGAUCGUGUGGCCCUGCUACAGCAGUGUGGGGCGCGCCCAGCCUGACGCCAUCACCAAGCUCCUGGCUGACAUAGAGCGGCUGGAGGGGGAGAUGAGCCAAGCACCAGAGAGGUGGCAGGCCACUCUGGAGAGGGUCCGAGUCAGUAUCCAGGAGGACCUCAAACAGGAGGGAAAUCUCCGCAAGCAGUCUGCGUCCACCUCGGGGCUGAUCCCCACGUCCAGUCUGCAGGCGUUCCAGAGACGUUCCAUACUGCACCUGCCUGACACUGGCUUGGGGGAGGACAGCAGCCCCACUGCCACUAACGGGGUCAACCGCCGGGCUGCCACACUCUACAACCAGUUCACCCCCAAGAAUGAGGAAAACAGAUCAUUUGAGGGGAUUCUGUACAAACGAGGAGCACUGCUGAAAGGAUGGAAACCUCGCUGGUUUGUUUUGGACAUUACAAAACACCAACUGAGGUACUACGACACGGGAGAGGACACUAACUGCCGGGGCCACAUUGACCUGGCGGAGGUGGAGUCRGCUCUGAUCGCCACCCCCACCAUAGGAGCUCCUAAACACAUCAGUGAGAAGGCCUUCUUCGACYUGAAGACCACCAAGCGAGUGUACAACUUCUGCGCCUCGGAUGCCCAGAGCGCCCAUCAGUGGAUGGACAAGAUCCAGAGCUGCAUCUCCGACGCUUAACCUCUGAACUCCCCAGCCAGGGCGUGGUCGGGAUGUGGUCAGGUCACAGCAUUAACACUAAGUGCAGCAAGGUGGCUGAGAGCAGAGACUGUGGGCACAUAUAUACAGUACAUAUUCAGCUCAGUCACCAUGGGAGUGGCUYUACCAUGAGGACCACAGUGAUCUAAGUGCCUGUUAGUGGAGGCUAUGCCAUCCAUCCAUCCAUCCUGCUGCCUUGCAGGACUUCAGGCAGUCGUCACAAGUUGAUUAAUGUGCCCCGGUCUCUGCCAUCAGCUCUCUCUGUACUAUUCCUUGUUACUGCUACAGGGAUCAACACUUAUAGUGAAAAGUAAAUGGCUGAAACRGAUGCCUGAGCACUACUAAGGAUAGUUUAUGCCAUUUCAGUUGUAAAUAGAUAAAAGCAAUAGCACUGGCCAUUUUUAAACUGUGGGUUCAAUAUAUAAACGAAGAUAUAUAAAACAUACAAGAGAAUUUAUAUCAGAUAUUUUACAAUGAGGAAAAGGUAUUGCUGCUUGACGAAAGGUAUAAACCACCAAAAACGGAGGUUUUGAAAAUGCACAAUGUGACAAGGCAAUUUGUUUGCACUUAGUUCUAUAAUAUGCACUCCAUAUAGAAUGAUAGAUUUUCUAACUGAAGCGAACAGCCAGGCAAAAGGCAUGACUUUAUAAUGAUGUACAUAAGGACCUUAUCAAGACAAAUUGGAAGAGAGAAAAAACACACUAAAGUUCAAAACAUUUUCCUGACAUUUUAUAUUUUAGUGAUGUCCUCUAUUUUUAACAUACACUAUGAAUGUUUUGACUCAUGGAUAACAGUUUGUUUGUUCUUGUGAUGUAAAUUAUUUUUUUUAUUAAAAGAGUAACUCAUGUUGUUAAAGUGUGGUGGCUUAAUGUUUUAUGUAAAUACUCAUGUGAUAUUUCAUAUUUUUUAUAUAUAACGUGUGUAUGCUUUUCUAGCCGUAACUGUAAUAUAGUAACCUUGUUUCCUAUCUUUGAUGAGACUGACUGAGCCAUUGUGUUUUAGAUGAAGAAGAGUCGACUCCUUCUCAGAAUAUCCAGAAAGGCUCUGUGUUAAGGACUUUUAAAUCAAUCCAUCAGACAGUGUUUGUUUCAUCUGUUGUCUGCAUCUUCCAGUUUGAGAGAACAAAGCAAAAAACAGCAUCAAAGUCAUUUCAGAAGCUAUAUGUUACUGUAUCUUUUGUACCAUGUUUUGCAUUGAUACUAAUGUUUUGUUUAUAAAUCAAGAGUACUUGAACUAGA